AUGUUGAAUUAAAUAUAUUAGAGACUACAGAAAUUAAUAAUCAAGCACAUUUAACUGCUAUUAUCAGUAAGUUUUGAUUAAAAAUAGUAACCCUAUUAAACAGAGCCAAUUUAUAUUGAAAGAAUAUACAUAAUAAUAAACAAAAUAUCCAAGUAAUAAGUUUUUUUUCUUUAAAUUAUUAAGCAGUUAAUUUAAUCAAUUUUUAAAUUCUUUACUGUGUUUAUUGGGUAAUUAUAAUGGAGAAUAUGGGAGAACAAAUUCUUUUGGUUAUUCAAAAAUGUUAUUUAAAAUCAACAAUAAACAACAUUAAUUUUAUGCUAUUUAUUAUAAUUCAUUUUUAAUUAUAUUUAAUUAUUAAAAAUGAUCAGUGCAAUUUUGCUCACUAUAAGGCGUAUUAUUAAAAAUCAAUACAUAUUAUUUUUUAAAUUUAGCAAAAUGAUUGACGUAUAAAUAAGUUCUCUCUAACAAAAUAGAGAUAGAUCAUUCAUCAUCAUUGUGAUAUUGAUAUUGAUGGCAAAUGCAAGUUAUAUGAUGAUGAUCCCCCUUUUUCCACCCUUAAUAAAAGAAAAGGGAUUCACUGAAGCAGGUAUUGGAAUUAUCAUGUGCUUCUACCCACUUGGCUGUAUACUGGCCUCCUGGAAGUUGGGUAAAAUGCAUAGCUCCAAAAAGAUGAUACUAUAGGGUUUGAUUGGAUAAUUGGUAAUAUCAAUUAUUUUGGGAAUAUCCUAUUUUUUAAACGGAGCUCUCUUUUUUAUUCUUUCCUCAUUUUUAAGAUUCAUCCAAGGAAUUUCUAACACCAUGAUUUAAGUUCCUUCAUAUUCGAUAACUGGACACUUAUUUUCAGAACAAGUCUCAGAGAAGAUCGCCAAAUUAGAAAUGGCUUGUAAUUUUGGAUUAGUUUGUGGUCCUUUGAUAAGCGGUGUCUUAUAUAUCCUAUCAGACAUCUAUAACUUUAAUACUUUUUAAUACUCCCUGUACUUGGUGGCAUUUCUAUACUUUGUAAUUACCCUCUGUGUAAUACUGUUCCUGGAUGAAAGGAUUUUCAACAUCGAUCAAUAAGAACAAGGAGCAUCCAUAAAUUACUAUGAAGUGUUUUAGAUUCAUGAAUUGAAUGUCACCUUCACUUCAUAUUUCUUCUUAGGAGUUGCUGCCUAGGCAUUACGUACUUAUUUGUCUGUGUAAUUAUUGGAAGUCUACAAUUUAGACGAUGCAAAUUCUUAGUUCCUUUUUAUGAUAUAUACCAUUGUGAGCGUCUUUGGAGCAUAUUAUGUGGCUGAAUAAAAGCAUUACACUCUCAAUCAACUAUAUACCUAUUGUCUCUACAUUGGGGCUUUUAGUCUAUUGCUCUAUGGCCCAUCUUAGAUAGGAUUACCACAAUCAAUUUAUGUCAUAUGUUUCGCUGACAUUAUCAGAGGAGUAGGAGUUGGAUCAGCACCAGCCAUUAUGAUGCCAUUGAUAGUACAAAUUAUGGAGAAGCAUAAGCAUAAGGAUCAAGCUGCUGAGAUAGGUUCAACGCUUUUGAUUGCAGGAUGGUCCCUUGGAGAUUUGAUUGGACCAAUUAUUGGAGGAAUAUUUAUAGACUAAGUUGGUUUUGACAAGACUAGUGUCAUUAUGAGUGGAGCCUUAUUCGCAAUUGGCUUCAUCUAUUAAAAAACCAGUCAUAUUGAUUAGGAAUAAUAAGCAAUAGAGAUGCAAAUUCUCAUUCAUUGA